AUGGCCACCAUACCCGGCUCACCCAGCUCACCAAACGCCACGUACCCGCUGCACGGCGACGAACUCGAGCCUGGCCUCCUUUACGCCGUCCUCACCUACCGCGGGGAACUCGCCUCUUGGAACUGGUCCUUCUUCGUCCCCAAUCCAGCUGUAACCCCAAUCGGCAGCAGCGGGACCUUAUUCCACGUUGUCGACAAUGCGGUGCGGGAGUGGAAGUUUGAGAUGGAGGUCAAGGAUGUCGUCUCCUCACCACAUGUCGUCGCCAUCGUGCGCCUCGCCAACGUCAGCUUCUUGGGGGGCUACGAAGACAUCGUCGGCGACGACAGUCUAUUACCGAUGUUCAAGUCCGUUGCCAUUCCACCCCCUGGCUCGGCGGGCGUGAGCGAGUUCUGUUCACGGACAUGGUUCCUUGACGCCAUCUGCGUUUUGCACGACUGUUGUGUGGCCCAGUGCGACGAUGUUUGGUUGUUGGAGAGGGAAAUUAGGCGAUGUGCGUUCUCGGCGAUGGAUAAGUUCCUGCAGAACAGUGCAUCACGAAAUGUUUGUACCCCUAUUUUACUAGUCGAUUUAAUCUGCGGAGUUUCAGGAACAGGCUCAACUAAUCCCCUGGCAACUUGGCACGAGACAAGCUUUUAG